AUGGAUAGAUAUACAUUUAGGCGCCUAGUUCACAUGCUUGGAACUAUUGGACGACUAAGACCUACGAAUAACCUGACAGUUGAUGAGCAAGUUGCUAUAUUUUUGUACAUCCUAGCCCAUCAUCAAAAGAAUCGUACAAUGAAAACUAAUUUCAUGCGGUCAGGCGAAACAAUUAGUAGAUAUUUCAAUAGGGUACUAAAUGUAGUUCUUAGGCUUCAAGGUCAUUUACUAAAAGCUCCAUCCUCUAUAUCUGAGGAUUCAACUGAUGCGAAAUGGAAAUGGUUUAAGAAUUGCAUAGGAGCUCUUGAUGGUACCCACAUUGAAGUGAAAGUAUCCGAGGUUGAUAAACCUAGAUAUCGCAAUAGAAAAGGUCAUACUUCUACAAAUGUUUUAGGAAUGGCUCGCCGAGGAAAGAGUAAUCAUGUAUGGACUAUUGAAGAAGAUGCAAAACUUGUAGAAUCUAUUGUUGAGUUGAAGAGGAGUAAGAAUUGGGAUGGUGAAAGUGGAAGUGGGUUGAGAAAAGGUUAUCAAAAGGAGUUGGAAAAAAUAUUGCAAGAAAAGCUUCCAGGUAAUGGUCUUAAAGAAAAGCCACACAUCGAAUCUCGUUGUAAGUUAUUGAAAAAACAAUAUCAUGCUAUCUAUGAUGUACGUGCUAAUGGAGAAUUGAGUGGCUUUGGCUGGGAUGAUGAAAGAAAAUGUGUUACUGCAAGUGCGGAUGUUUGGGCUGAUUAUUUGAAGAGCCAUCCAGAUUGUACUUUCAUGAAAAACAAGUCUUUCCCUUACUUUGAUCAACUAUCAAUUGUAUGGGGUAAAGAUAGAGCUGCUGGAUUACAUGCUGAAGUUCCAUUAGAUGUAGUUGAGGAAUUAGAUAGAGAAGAAAAUGUAGAUCAAGUAGAUGGAGAAUCUGGUGAAGAUGGUGUACCUUCAUUAACUACACCUCGCGACGAAGGAACUUCAAAAAGACUUGAUCGUAAGAGGAGAAGAAGUUCAGAUGGUUUCAUAUCAAGUUUGGAGCGAAUGACUAAUGUGCUUGUUGCGUAUAUGGAUAAGUCGAAUGAUCAAAUGAACAAGAUUUUGGAAAGUGUUACCGGAGGUGACAAAGAGAAAAAAGACAAUCGUCAUAUGCUUUAUGAGAAAUUGCAAGAGAUUGAAGCGUUGACUGAUUCUCAGAGACAAAAAGCUGCAAUGAAACUUGUUCGAGAUCCUGAUUUAUUAGAUUACUUUUUCACUCUUCAUGAUGAAGGGGCGAAAAAGAUGUUUCUAAUAGAACUAUUAGGAUGA